UCCGUUCGGUGCUGUGCGGGUUCUGCGCCGAUGCUCUUCCCUCAGACUCGGACGUCUGCCGCUGUUGCGCAUGGAUGAACGACCCGCGUGUUGCUCUCUGCGCGUCCUGACAGGUGUACAGCCCUGACGAGUCGCCGUGCCGUUACACGCGUCAACAUGAGGAGCGGGAGCGAGGACUUGGUUUUUCGGGCGCUCGUCUUGAUCCACAUCCCUGUGGCCUGCCUCGUCACUGCAGUGUCAGGGCAAUCUGACAGCAGCAGCAGCGUGGUGGUGGCAGGUUACAAUGUGAGCGCCCCGGCUGGGUCGAGGGUGGUGCUGCAGUGUGUGAGCGGCCGCAUGGUGUGGACCAGGGACAGGGUGAGGGACAGGCAGAGGGUGGUCCACUGGGACCUGUACCGGGCCAGGCCGGACUAUGCCAUGGAGAGGGUGGUGGACAUGUUCUCUGCGGGAGACCAGAGGAUCUACAACUCCUACAACCUGGGCAGGGUCGGCAUCACCUCAACAGCCUUCAGGGAUGGAAACUUCUCCCUGGUCAUCAAAGAUGUGACGAUGAAUGACAGAGGUCUGUACUCCUGUAACCUCCACCAUCUCUACUGCCACCUGUAUGAGACGAUCAGAGUACAGCUCAACGUCACUAAAUCACGCCGUAAAGAGCAGCGCUUCUGGGAUGGACAAAAGGCGGUGUACGUGGUGCUGCUUGGGAGCACCGUGGUGCUGCCGUGCAUCAACCGACGUAACGUGUGGACAGACUGGAGCGACGAGGAGGAGGACCAGCAGGUGGUCCACUGGGACCGUCAGUCCCCAGGAGUCCGCCAUGACCGCGCUGACCGGCUGGUGGACCUGUAUGCCUCUGGAGAGCAGCGCAGCUACGGACCGCUGUUCCUCCAGAGGAAGAUGAACAUCAGCAAUCAAGCCUUCUCAGAGGGAGACUUCUCACUUACCAUAUCUGAUCUGCAGCCCACAGAUGAGGGGAUGUAUUCCUGCCACCUCCACCACCAUUACUGUGGUCUACAUGAGAGAAGAGAAUUCCAGGUCGCAGUGGAGCUACCAGUGAUUCAGACCACCCAGCCAGCCAAGGCACUGCCCUCUGAGGACAAAGACGCCACUAAGGCCGAAUCACCGCGAGUCAUCAAUGUUAUUCUGCCUGACCAGAAACACCACUUUCUCCUGCCACUGGGCUACGUUCUCACGUCCUUCCUGCUCCUGGCAUUCAUUAUCCUCAUCAUCAUCCUCAUCACACGCAGACAUAGAGUCAAAGAGUUUUAUCCUCAGGCAUCCAUGAGGUCCAGCAGAAGUCACAGCAGCGCGGACGAGUUUGAGAUGGACGUCACUGAAGUCAAUAUGUGCAGCGAGGAGGAGAGACGAUUGGACUACAAGAACAACCUGCUGAAAGAGAGGGUGCACAUGAACGCUCAGCCUAAAGUCAUUGAUCUUGACAAAGAGAUGCAGAAAUUUUCUAAGUGAGAAAAUGACAGAAAAAGUGAAAUUGGGAGUCACUGGCUGGUCCAGAGGCUGUGCUUCAAACAGAACACACACUGCCUCCUAUCCUGGCAGGAGAGACGCCAGAGAGAGGAAAUGUGUCGCCAAAAUGCUUUGUUGGGAAAUGCAGAAAAACAGGAAAAAAAAAAAAAACAAACAACAUAUCUUCAACUUAUGUUUUCAAAAUGCCAGUGUUACAGACAUACAUACAAAAAGAUUUCAUUUUCUUUUAUUGUACUUUUAACUUCAAACUAAAAAGACCCGGACUGGGACUACUGUGCACAGCACCAUAGCACCACCCAGAGGGGACUUUAGCCAAGCCUGGACUGUGAGAGGGAGGAGAAAUGUGUACAUAAUUUCAGUAAAGUUGACUCAGUUGUGAUUGAGUGCAUAUGAAUUAUCAGUUAUUACAGCUUCAAUCAUUAUGCUUCACGUUAAACAAAAAAAAACAACUUCUUCUCUGUUUACACACAUAUUCCAUCUUGGCUUAACUGACUGGACUGAAGCACCACUGAAGUGUUGCAUCAGUGUGUGCUGCUCCCUCUAGGCUUUGAUCGGCUGUAUGCUAACUGAUCAAUGCAGAAAUGUAUAUGUUUAAUGUAAUGUUUUAUUGUGAUGCUCGGACUGUAGUUUU